AUCGGGAUUGUUUUGGUCACAUGAUUUCCCAAUAUGGUGGGAACUCUACUUUCACUUUAGUCAGGAAAAUGUAAGAAAACAAUCAUGUCAAGCGACAAUAACGUCGAAGAAUCGACGGAAUACUCGAAGUAUGGAAUCAAGGAUGCCCCCAAGCCAGCGAUCGCCACUCCUCUGGGUCAGACCAGAACCUGCGCUGGAUUGGACGCCAAGGAGACUGUAUUCCUGGUGGUCAGUUUUGUAAAUAUCGUGACAGCACUGGGACUGACUCUCUAUCGCUUCAUCACCGUCAUUGACGAGGGCAAAUCGGACAGCUCUGAUUUUACAUUCGCACUGAUUCUCAUAAUAAAUGGAGUGUUCUGUAUAUUUUACGUAUUUCAUGGCCUGCUGCGAGAGAAGAAGUACGAGUUAUACGUCCUGAUACUGGCUAUUCUUGUUGUACUGGUGUACUGUGUCGUGGAGUACAUCGUCAAUGUCGACGGACGGAGCACACUCAAACUGGUGCGGAUGAUUCUAGCCAUUGUCCUGGCUCCCCCGAAUAUCGUCCUGGCCUGGUCAGUAGCCAGACACUUUGGUUAUCUAACUUUCAGAAUCGUCGGAGCAUCGGAAUACCUUCAGCAUCUAUACAAACAAGCCUCUAUUUUCUCAUCAAUGUUAAAGUUUGACAUACAAGUGACUGCAAGUUUUGUGAUUUUGGUUUUGAAAGACGGAACAAAACUUGAUGUGUUCCAGCAGGUGGCGCUGUCUGUGGGUCUGCCGUACUCCGUGUUGUGGAACAUCUUUGGUUGGUUCACUGUAAGUUAACUGGUUUCCAUCAGU